CGUCUAAUAGGCGCUGGAACUGAUUCGGAAUGGAAAACCAUGAAAACUUUUUUGAACUAGAAGAACGAAUCAAAGUUUAUGAAGCCGAGAUUAAAAGAAAGGAUGAGUUAAUUCAAAAGUUAUCCAGCAUGGAUAUUGGUCAGGUUGAACAUGUGAAUGAGUGCAAUAACCAUAAGAAAGUGGAUGAAUCUAAUGAACAGCAACAAACACUCAUAAGGCGUGAAGAACUUGCAGUUUUAAGAAGUAAAGUUGAACAGUUAUGUGAAAAAACAUUAAGUCAAGAUGCUGAGAUAAAGGCAAAAUCAACCCUUCUCACAAAAGCUGAAUCAGAUAUAUUCAAGUUAACACAAAAACAAAAUGAAUUAUUAGCUGAGAAUGAAAAACUUCACAAACAACUUGCAGAUAGUAAAACAGACAUUAAUAAAAGUUCAACUGAAUUUGAAAUGUGCAAUAAACAGUUGAAUGAAUUAAAACAACUAUUGAAAAAUGAACAAGAUAAAACAGAUGAAUUGAAAAAACGUUUAACUAAACAAUUAGAAGAAAAAGAAAAUGCAGAUUAUAAACUGGUAGAAACUGAAAAACGCUUAGAAAACUUCAUAACAAAAAUGAUUCAUAUAUUUGAUACAUUUUUCCAAAAUAAAGAACACUUGAACAUUACUGAGUGGAAUGAUGAAAGAAAAUUGGAAGAUUUAAUAACAAAAGCUAAAGAUGUUGUCAAUGAAAAUUUAAAAAACAAGGGAUACAUACAAGAUUUAAUGGACAGAUUACAAAAACGUGAAGCUGAAAAUGCUGAACAACAGCGUAAUGCAAAUCGCUUGGGUGAACUAUUGACUAAAAAUGUCUAUUGUGAAAAAGAAAACAAAGGUUUAACUCAGGAAUUGGAAUACAUUCGACAAAAUGAAAAGAUGUUAGAAGAUCGUUGUCGUGUAUUGUCCAGAGAAUUAAUUGAUGCACAGAUUCAUAUUCGAGAAUUAGAGAAACAGUUGGCAGAGUCAACCGAGAAAGCUGAAAGGCACAGUUGGAUAAAUCAAAACAGAUUUGACGAAGAGAAUGCAUUGUUCCGAAAUUCAUUAGCAUCGAUGCUUUCACACAAUAACUAUCAGUGUAGUCCAACUGAAAUAUCAAUAAAAGAAACUAUUAGAAAGCUAAUGAGUGACUUUCAAGAACAGAAAGAUUUAUGUUCCAGACUUGAAGUUCGGUUAUCUGAUACGCAAGUUCGCUUGGAUAAUUCUCAGACUAGGAAAUAUGAUGUUGAUCGUGCAUUGGAGAGAACAGAACGCGAAUGCCUGGAGUUACGCGAACAGAUUCGCCGUUUAGAAACUGAUCUUACAAAUUCUGACCUAAUUAAACAAGAACAACGCUCAGAGAAACUAAAGAUUUUCUCCUAUCUCUGUCAACUAGCAGCCAAAGUAAGAAUAGAUGAAAAAGUUGCAUCAGCAAUGAGAUUCGAUGAAUUACAAGAAGUGCUUGCAACCAGAAUUGGACAAAUUGUUAGUGGUGAAUAUGCCAUGUUGAGUGAUGUUCAAGCAAAUGCUGAUCGUGUUAAUGGAUUAAAUCGAAAAGUUAAAAGACUACAAGAUAAAUUAGCUAGUAGAGAGAUACAAUUAGGUUUAUGGAAAGAGAAAGCUGGCAAAUUAGAAGAUCAAUUAUCAGGUAUGAAUGAGACUGAAAUGAAAGCUCAUGCAAAUAAAAUUGCUGCUGAGAAAUCUGCUGUCAAUGCUAGACGAUCAGAAUUAGAAGCUUCUCGGCUUAAAGAUGAAUUGACUCGAUUAAAAGCAGACCUCUUAGAUUUUAGUGAUGCUAAAAUCAAUCUAAUUAAAUAUGAAGAAAAGAUAGCUGAAUUAACUAAAUCAAAUAAAGAUCUAGAGUGUAUACGUCAAAGUCAAGCGAAUAAAAUAGCUGAGCUAUCAGAAAAGCUGGAAAUACAAACAACAGAUGAAAGUGAUGCUCGUAAUCGACUAGAAGAAGAAUGUAAACACCUGAUGAGUGAAUUACAAUCAAUGAGAAAGACAUUGGAGCAACUUCAACGUUCUGAAAGAGAGCUUUUAGAAUUCAGAGCACUUGUUGGCCGUCUUCUUGGCUUAGACGUUGAACUACUGACAAUACCUAAUUAUGAUAUAAUUAGUCGUUUAGAAAGUAUUAUAACUCAUCAUCAAUUUGUAAAAGACAAUUCCUUGACAUGCAUGCAUGAUAUGCACUCGCCUAGUAGAAAAUCUCGUCCAUUGACCAAGGAGACUGGAUCAUAUCGUUGUAUGACAGCAGAAUACAUGGCUGGACCACACACAGCAAAGACUAGAUCAAAACAAGCUUGGGUUAAUACAAGUGAGGAUUCUUCAAGAAAUUUCAAUUGGUCUAGCUGUGCAGCUAGAGAUUCAUCAGAUAAACGUGGAGAAAAAAGUUGCCUACCAGAAGGUGUAAAACAUGAUCCGAGGAAGUAUUAAUUCUAUGUCAUAUUACUCAUAAUAAGGCAUCUUUGUUAAUGUGAAGCAGUCAGUCUGAUAUCUGUCUUUCCUUCUACCUGUCUGUCUAUC